AUGUCGUUUUUGAAAGAAGAUCCGCUAGUGAUUAGCGAAGACGUGGCCUCGAGCGAUGACUCUCAGAUCAUUGAUCUGGCUCCUGAGAAGCCUGCCACCAGGAAAUCGAGAUUUAUCGGGUUCUUCUGGGAUGGUUACAACAAGGAACCACGGGAACAGAAGUUCCUCCUCAAGUUGGACUUCUUCUUGAUGUCGAGUUCAAUGUUGGGGUAUUUCAUCAAGAACUUGAACCAGUCGAAUGUUAACACUGCCUACGUUAACGGUAUGAAGGAGUACUACGAAAUGAACAAGAACCAGUACAACUAUAUGGUUACCCUGUGGACCGUUGGUUAUAUCGUGGGAGCUAUUCCAUCUAAUUUGAUCUUGCAACGCAUCUCCGCUAGAUACUACCUGGGUGGAUUAGAGCUCUUGUGGGCACUGUUGACUGUCCUCAUGAUCACAUGUGGAAAAGAUAACAUCCAUGCCAUGUAUGGAAUUCGUUUCUUGGUUGGAUUCCUUGAGGGCGGAUACUUUCCAGGUUUGGAGUACUUGGUUGGUUCUUGGUACAGUGCUAAGGAGUUAUCUAAGAGAUCCUCUUAUUUUGCGGUUUCCGGAGUUGCAGCCAGUUUAGUGUCUGGUCCUCUCCAACAGAGAAUCUUGCAGAACUUCUCUCACUCGAGCUUGCCUCCAUUCAAAUGGAUGUUUGUGUUUGACGCUGUUAUUUCUGUUCCUGUUGGAAUUUAUACCAUGUUUGUGGACCCUAACACCCCAUCGACUACUAAGGCUUGGUACUUCACCGAAACUGAUAAGAAGGUGGCCCUUGAAAGACGUCGUGUUGUUGGAGCUGAGCUCAAGACAAGACACAGAUACUCCUGGGAACGUAUCAGAGGAUUUUUCAAGACUUGGCACAUCUUUGUGUUCCCAAUUCUUUUCCUCUGUUACAACAACACCUGUGCUGCCAUCAGUCAGCCUACAUUCACCACCUGGAUGAAGCAAGACCUGGGAUUGCCAGCAGCAAAAUAUAAUACUUACCCAUCGAUCCUUUACGGUGUGUCUAUUGCAGUGACGCUUGUGCUGUCUCACACCCACGAUUACUUGGGAGGAGUGUACAACUACUUCUUCGUUGGAGCCUACUUUGUGGUCCAGAUGCUGGGAUCUGCUUUGCUUUCGGCAUGGCACAUUCCUCGCGCAGCACAUUGGGCAGCUUACUUUUUGGUUGGAGUUCCAACAAGUUGGGGACAACCACAGAUCUUCUCCUGGGUCAACAGAUUGCUGGUGGCUAACGACAUGAAAAGAAACUUCACUGUUGUGGUUACCAAUACUCUCGCCUAUGUGACCAACGCCUGGGUUCCAAUCUUUGUUUGGAAUGCACAAGACGCUCCUGUGUACCACAUUGGAUUCACUUACAAUGCGUGUCUGAGUGCUCUUGGUCUGACGACCACCGUUGUUGCUUGGUACCUGACUAAGAGAGACGAGGAUAAGGCUAGAAGAGCUAGCAUUUCAAGCGAAGAUUCAAUUGAGUCCCAAUCAAAGCAGCUGGAACUCUAG